CUCCGUUCCCCUCCCAGGAGGAAAGCCUGGAGUUGCCUCUGAGCAGAUUUGCUACCUGUGGAGGCUGAGGGACAGGUGAGUGCGGCUCUCCCACCUGUGGGCACCUGACAGUUCUCUCUGCAGGAAAGGAAGGAAGACCAUGGGGCGAUUCAUCUUCGUGAGCUUCGGCUUGCUGGUCGUGUUCCUCUCCCUGAGUGGUGAGUUCGAGCAGGGUUCCUCGUGUCCGGAGAGGCCAACGCUCUCCCACCUCCGACCUCUUCCUGAUUUGACCCCGAGGAGGGAGGAUACAUUUGCUCUGCCCCUUGAAGCUCUGCCAACUUUUCUCUGCACAGCCAGAGCCCCCUCCUCAAUUGGCUCUUCCUUGUCUUUCCAGAAAUGCAUGUUGCAGUGGAGCGAUGGCACCGAGCACAAGUACAGUGCCUGGAGUGGAGAAUCUGAGUGUAUCACAUCCAAGACAACUGAUAACCAAUGGUUAAGUAUGGACUGCAGCAGUAAACGCUAUGUCGUCUGCAAGUUCUAGGCAUAGUCUGAAGAUGCAGCUGUCUGAAGUCUGGAGAAGCAAGGAAGCCCCCCCCC